ACGAAAACUGCUCAGAAAUUCCAGCUGGAAUUAGGAUCAAGCGAGUCAGCCCUGAAGCUCGAAGUGCUGGGAACUACGUGGAAUCCUCGGGAACUUUCAGCUGGAGUCAGGACUCAACAAGCGCUCACCUAGUCAUGAGCCCUUCGGACCCGGAGCCUUAUCGUAGACCUUGAAAUAGAGUUGCACUCCAUCGUUAGACACUUCAUCCCCACCAUCAUCAUAUUCAAAGCAAUCAUGCCUGCAGUUAUUAGCACAGCAACAAGGCUACUCUCCCAGAAUCUUAUGGAAGUCGACAGUGGAAAGCUGUCAGUCCAUACGAUAUCUGAAUCCAAUUUAAUCGAAGAGCAACAUCAGUUGCGCAGUCUGUUCGAAAGGAACGAGGGACGUACCCUUGGCCUUUCUGGCGGAUUUGCGCUCACUGGAGAGCUCGCGAUGCUUGCAAUCGCCGACACGUCCACAAUUAUCAUCAUCGCAUUCGAGUUAAAGAAGGGAAAGGGCAACGGACACGAUAAACGCCCUGUCACAUCAGGCAACACUGCCGCUCGGGUGCUUUUGCAGAACCUCCUUCGUCGCACCACCGGACUCUUAUACGCUUUCGAUAUCGCUUCCAUCGCUCUCGCUCUAUUUCAAACGCUUGAUCUUCGAAUCGCAAAUGCGAUCGAUAUGCAAAGCGCAGGGACGAAAACUCAUACUAGUACCCCGCUCUUCACCAUAAAACAGGCCAUUGGUGAUCUUCAUGGUGUACUCGAUCCAAACAUUAACGAAAUAUUCCGCGAUGAUAUCGUCAACAAUGAUCUCCCUCCCACUAAGAAUGGCAGUACUUCACUUGCACUACGUGCAUGGAUCACACACUAUCUCUCACAAAUCUCGACGAUGGUGAAUCGUCUCGCGCGAGUACCCCCAGUUGACACCUUCCGGCUCUCUGACCAGGUAUUGAGGUUCCUUGCAAAGAGCUCAAAGGAUUCGUUCCAGCUCGAGCAGAAGAAGCCGACCGAGGUCACGCGCCGGUUUACCACUUCUGUCGAUCACAUGAACAACCGUAUCUAUGCCCAAGCCGACAGAUACCAGAACAGAAUUCGUAAGAGCCACAAUCAGCGUGCAUUCAUUGCUAUCGGCGGGUGCCCCGCGCGGGGCUUCACUGUCGAUGGUCAUGUAUCCAGGUCUGAUGGUCGCGUCGCGAAACUCGCUACCUCCACCAAUCUUAAUUUCAUUGGCAAGAAUAUCGGUUUGAUCAAGAUCGUCGGACGUGGUGACCCUACGCAGGCUGAAUUCCAGCGUGCUCAGAAGGUUUUAGAGGUCCUCCAAGGUCUCGUCAACCUUGAGCACGACAAUCCAUGGGUUCAGCUCAUAUUCUUUUCUUCUCCCGAUCAUGACCUUAAAUGGCCCUCUGCCUGGACGGAGGAGGCGAAUGACGCGGAUAUUGUCACAUAUCGUGCCGACUGUGUCAAUCACCCCCUCAAUCCAUCCCAGAUAGAAGCUGUAACGCAAAUGCUCCAGCGGACGAAUGACAGACGUCUUACUGUCAUCCAGGGGCCGCCUGGAACCGGUAAGACCACUGUCAUUGCUUCCUUUGUCCAGAUUGCCCUCGCCAGUGGACUCUCUGGCAUCUGGCUCAUUGCCCAGUCCAAUGUCGCCGUUAAGAACAUUGCCGAGAAGCUUGCUCGCUCUGGCCUGAUUAAUUGGAAGCUUCUCGUCUCAAAGGAUUUUUUCGAAGAAUGGCACGAGCACCUCUAUGUCGACAUUCGGGCCAAUGUCAUAAUAUCAAACGACUUCAAGGCGCCAAGUUUUUGCCAGGAGCUGAAGUCCACCCCAGUCAUUCUCUGUACUUUGUCUAUGCUCUCAUCUUCCGAUCUUCGAAGGUUUGGAGGUUUUAAUGCCGCGCCAAUCAGGACCCUCGUCGUGGACGAAGCGUCCCAAAUUGAGAUCGGUGACUAUAUUCCUGUCUUCACGUCUCAUGCCUCCAUCAGAAAGGUUUGCUUCAUUGGUGACGACAAACAAUUGCCACCCCACGGUCAGGAUGAUAUCCAAGACCUCAAGAGUAUCUUCGAGGUCAAACAUCUCAGGGACCGUGCCAUUUUCCUGAACGUGCAAUGUAAGUCCGAUCCUUAAUGUUCCCCUACCCCAAAUUUUAUCAUUUUAUUGUAGACAGGAUGCCCCCUGUAAUUGGAGAUUUCAUCUCUGAAGCUGUGUAUGGUGGCCUACUCAAGUCGAACCUGCUACAUCCCGUGACGAACGGGAGGAUGGCUUGUCGUUUUAUCAACAUUCCCAGCCAGGAACAGUCACAUGGAACUAGUUGGAAGAACCUUGGAGAGUGUCAAACCAUUCUCCGCAUCGCUACUAUGCUGCAAGAGAAGAAUAAACCCUUCCGCAUUAUCACUCCGUAUGACGCUCAGCGAAAUCUGAUCGAGGAGCAUUUAAAGCUCAACAAGCUCGAUUGG